GGGGAGGGGAGAAACCGACGAGGCGGCGAGAAGCGUGAAGAAGGGAGCCAGUUGGGAGAACACGGGAGAAAUAGCUAGAGCCUAGUGGCCGCCAUGUUUUUUACCAACUGGGGUGUGUGAGAGACACGGCCGGGGUGAAAAUCAUCUCUCAGGACAUGCAGUGUCAACAUGGGAAGGAAUCAAUACUUAUCCUUCACUGAGACCUGCCAUCCUUGCAGCAACAGGACGCCCACCACCCACCUAUUUAAAGAAAAUAAUCACCAAUACUAAUAAGCCACAAAUCAAACUCAAAGCAAUAUUGCAACUAACAUAACUAAAAGAAAUAGCCGAACUGACAUAACUUAAGCAAAAUAAUUCAUCGGACACAUGAAAACUUAACACUGAAACGACGGGGUGGUGGUUUUGACAAAGUCAAUAUCCAAAAUCUAAAGGAAAGCAAUCAGAAAUAGAGAAAAGAACAGAUCAGUAAGAUCUCGCCUCUAAAGUGACAAUGUCUAUGAAAUGAGCUGAAAUGAUGACUGGUAAAUGGAUGGUAAUUAGGAGAGAGGAUGAUCACCCCGGAAGCAGCAGGGUUUGCUGGAGCUCGGGUUGGAGAGGGAUCUAUCACGAAGGAAUGAGGCACCCUGCACUGCACCUGGCUGGGAUCGUGGCAUCCCCCAGCGGAGGUGGGGGUGGGAUAUUUGGCACAGGGGCUGAAGAGGAAUUGAGAAAGUGGCUGGAGGUGCGACUAGAUGCUUUGGGGAUUGACCCUGUAGCCUAUUCGCGUUUCGUUCUCAGCCUACUACGACGUCCCGACUCUGUCUUCAGUCCUUGUGACAAGCCAGGAGCUUUUGCAAAAAGUGGCUGCCGUCAAUACAGAGCUCCCACGAGACCUCCACCAACCACUGACAGAGAACAGAAACGCGCCGUCAUUCAGUGCCUUGUCAGUGCUGCAGAUCAGAAGUGUGGAGUUGAGUCACUGGUGGAUGAGCUCUGUCUAAGGCUGAGGGAACUGGAGGGAGGAGAUUCAAAUGAUAAAAAAGAUGAUCGCGAAACGUUAGAUGGAGAACCAAAGAUGGCGUUAGAGUCACUAACCCCUCGAGAUAGAGCCCUCAGAUAUUACGCAGCAUUCCCAGCUCUACAACCUGCCACCCCCAAAAAAUUUAUUCAUAAAAAGGACCGGAUUUCCAUAAACAAUAACAACGCCAACAACUGUAGCAACAUCAAUAACAAGGCACGCAGUAACAAGAAGACCAAAAUGUCCAUAGCUAUGGAAUCGGGGAAAUCAGAAGAAAAAGAUACAAGUUACGGGUUUGCAAAGUCAAUGGAAAAAGAAAGGGACAGCGAAAGAGAACUGGAAUUGGAUCAAUUGCGUCUGGCACAACUUCAGGCAAAGUUUGAUCAAAGCCUUGAAGCGCUUUGGGAUUCAGGUCCAGGAAAUGCUCAGGAUACAGCCUCAAUUUGGGCAGCUCCCUCUCUUUCCAUUCCUUCAGGACCUCUCUGGCCUAGCGAUCCAAACGAAGCACCAUUUCUUCUGCCAUUAGGAAACAAUGGUGGCAGCGUUAUGGAUACACCUUAUCAGGAAUCCAUUAUUGACGACUCUCCGCUUAUUCCAUGGGACAUUGACUUGAUUGAUGUUGGAGACUAUGAAGACGAACCUAGCAAUAAAGAUAAGACAGAGUACAACGUAAACUGGUCAAAUUCUAUUGCGGAAGGACCUUGGGCCUGGCGUGAACUAGGUGGAAGUCUUGCCACUUUGGGCCACAGCUCAGAGGCAGGUAGCUGUUUCAUGCCGGUCAGACCAUGCAAGACACCCGUAAAAACUGGGGAGGAAAUACGUCCGAGCCAUGAAGUCGUCAGUCUUCAAGAACCGGACGAGGAUUUGCUGACUUCGGCUCGAACUCAUUUUCGACCGAUUAAAGAAGAUGGGCACUGGGCUGAUGGGACUACUUUCCCCGUUAAUAACAGUAUUGAGAGGGUCGCUUACCGUCGCUCAGAUUCGGGACACAUACUCUACCUUCCAGGUAGUGAAAGCCCAUACAUGGAAUAUCGCGAAAGGACCUCCUCAUCCUCGGCUACUAGACCAGCCACGUUGACGUUGAAGUUUCGUGUACGACAAUGUGAUAAAUGUGUACAAACCGAACCAGUACGCUCACCGGCGAAGCGGAGGAUUAUCUCGAACACGGAUCACUUUUGUUAUCCCGCUAAUAGGGAUGAAGAGAGCGAUAUCGUUAAGGUACCGGAAACGACACAAAUAGAAAAGCAUUGUUUCACAUUUGAUCAGUUGGAAUGGAUUCAACAGCGAUUACCUUUACAUAACGACAGAAAAAGAAGGCACAGCAGCAGCUUGAGAUGUCGACCAUUAGCGACACUGCGACCUCUCACGCUUUAAGGACGAUGUCGUCAAUGAUGAUGAUAAAGAUCAAGAUAAAAAUACAGAUAAAUAAUUGUGAAAUCUUGUUAGGGAUUAUGGUGAUUUAGCGAAGUAUUUGAAGUAAUCGUAAAAUUUCGAGGGGGUGCCCUUGGCAUGUGGAAUUUGUUAUGCAUGAACGCAAGGUGACACGUCUCGCCCCCUCCUAAAAGACCACAAUCGACUACAGAUGAUUCCAACUACACGAGUAAGAGUAAUUAUUCAAACAGUUCGUUAUUAUUACCCCUUUGAUGAGAAUACGGGAGGUGGUGAAGUAAUUCAAAAAUCAGAGGUAGAAGAGGAAAAUUAAAACUUAAAAAAAAAUCAAUAAAAAAAAAGAGCAAAAAAAUGUAUACCCACCUUUGUUAAGGCGAGAGGAUUGAAAUUAGUAGAGGUAAUUUCGGUUUAUUUAACUCGUUGACUUUGGUAGUAAUUGCGGAAAGAUUUUUCCAAUAUUAUUCUACAGUAUCUUAUCGACUUUUAUCAUUCGUUAGUAAAAACGAAUCAAGAUUAUUUUCAUUUGGCGAAUAGAGCGCUGAGCAUAAGAAGCGCUUAGAUUCAAUUAUAUAUUAUACGCAUAUAAAGUUUGUAAAACCAAGAGAAGUGAAAAAAAUUAUUAAAAAAAAAACUAAAAAAAUUAAAAUAAACAACAAAAAUAAUAAAUCAAAAACAAAUAACAUUAAAGUUGAAGAAUUGAAUAACGCCGUGCACGACGACUUCUGUAAACGUCGUUUUCUGAAAAUGCUGUUCUAUUAUCUUGUUGUUUUCCCUUUAUUAUUAAUUAUUAUGUUAAUCAUUAUUUCUAAUUAUAAUUUAACUCUGUAGAAGAUUAACCACUUGUAAUCCACACUCCUGAUCCCCCUCCACAUCUUCCAUUUCCUGAGAUCUAAGAGAAAGAACGAAAAAAGCAGCGACUAUGUUGAAAUGAUAUGAGAAAACGGAGACGAAAAAUGAACGAAUGGUUCAACGCAAUUAGCACUAACCAUACCUCAGUUGAAGAGAAUCUGAAAAAGAAGAAUGUAUAAAAAUUUGCACAAAUCGGAUAAGUAUCCGAAACAAUAUGCAGAAUGGUAAUACAUAAAAAUACCUACUAACGUAAUUCAUAAACGACGGAGAUGUGCAUGCGACUGAAGUCUAUCGAAUGAAGGAUCAAACAAUGAUAGACGCGUUCUCUUCCCAAGAAAAAUUAAUUAUAAAAAUCGUACGAGAAUUAAAGAAGAAAAUCCAUUUACACAAAUGUAUUGAAUGAGGAUCGAUGUAACUAGCUGGGAGUAACCAAUUAAAAGCAUUGCAGACA